AUGUCUGAAGUUAGUGCGCCAGCCGCAAGUGCGGCCCCCGAUGCCGCCUCACCCGCCGCCAAGAAAGCGCCGAAGAAAAGUGCGGCCGCGUCGAAAGUGCCGCGCUCGAAACCGAUGCGCCCGCCAACAUCCGAAAUGGUGUGCAACGCAAUCAAAUCGUUGAAGGAGCGCGGCGGCUCGUCGCUGCAAGCCAUCAAGAAGUACAUUGCCGCCAACUACAAGGUCGAUGCGGAGAAAGUGUCGCCAUUCAUUCGCAAAUAUCUGAAGAAUGCUGUCGCGUCCGGCGUGCUGGUGCAAACGAAAGGUAAGGGAGCGAAUGGUUCGUUUAAAUUAGCCGCCCCCGCAUCCGGUAAGGGUGCUGCCGCCUCCAGUGCCGCCUCCACCGCCGCCGCCGCCGAAGCGGGAUCCAAGGCGAAGAAAGUUGUCAAACCCAGAGCGGGCGUUGCCACGAAACGACCCAAAUCGCCCAAGAAAGCCGCCCCCGCUGCCGCCCCCACCGCGGCGGCAAAGAAAAGGAAAGUUGCCGCCGCCGCCGCAGGCGACAAAAAGGCAAAGUCGCCCAAGAAAGCUGCAGUCGAGAAGAAAACUGCCGGCAAAGCAGCUGCUGCCGCCGCCGCCGCCGCCAAAUCUCCCAAAACGCCAUCGAAAGUGAAAAAAUCGACCAAGGGCGCGCCCACCAAAAAACCGAAAGCACCCAAGCCCAAGAAAACGAAACCCACCUCGCCCAGUAAAGCCGCUGCAGCGAAAAAGGCGCCCACUUCUCCCAAAAAGAAGUAA